GGGGGUGGGUUUGUGAGCACAACUCGGUGGUGGCGGGGGUAGCCUGUGAAGGUGUCAUGGCUGCUGUAGCUGAGCUUAGUCGCUCCAGCAGUGGUGACAGGAGUUUGGAACGGAGCUGCAGCCCUAAUCUCUCCCAAGAGGUGCUCUGCGAAAUCUUUCGCUCUCUGCAUAGCCUGGUGGGACAACUUAACCUCAGAGAUGAUGUGGUGAAAAUUACAAUCGAUUGGAACAAGCUCCAGAGCCUCUCGGCAUUCCAGCCCACUUUGCUCUUUAGUGCACUUGAACAACAUGUUUUAUAUUUACAGCCUUUUUUAGCAAAACUUCAGCCUCUGAUUAAAGAGGAGAAUACAACUGUUGUUGGAGGGACAGAAAAAACAGAAAUGGGGAAUAAGAAUGAAGUAAAUGCCAAAUUUCCCAUUAGUGACCUACAAGAGGAAGAAAAGCACAAAGAUUGUGAUUUAGGAGAUGUGAAAAAGACACAGAUCCAUGUUGAUCCAGAAGUAGUUCAAAUAAAGGCUGGAAAAGCAGAAAUUGACAGACGAAUAUCUGCAUUUAUUGAAAGAAAGCAAGCUGAAAUCAAUGAAAACAACGUGAGGGAAUUUUGCAAUGUUAUUGAUUGUAAUCAAGAAAACAGUUGUGCAAGAACUGAUGCCAUUUUUACUCCUUACCCGGGAUUUAAAAGUCAUGUAAAAGUUUCUAGAGUUGUGAAUACAUAUGGACCACAGACUAGACCUGAAGGAAUUCAAGGGUCAGGUCAUAAACCUAACAGCAUGCUCCGAGAUUGUGGUAAUCAGGCUGUAGAAGAACGACUACAAAAUAUUGAGGCUCACUUGCGAUUGCAGACGGGUGGUCCAGUGCCAAGAGACAUUUAUCAGAGAAUUAAAAAACUUGAGGAUAAAAUCCUUGAAUUGGAAGGCAUCUCUCCUGAAUAUUUUCAUUCUGUAAGCUUUUCUGGAAAAAGAAGAAAAGUACAACCACCUCAACAGAAUUAUUCACUGGCUGAACUUGAUGAAAAAAUUAGUGCCCUCAGACAAGCCCUGCUCAGAAAAUCAAGAGAAGCAGACUCCAUGGCUACCCACCACCUUCCAUGAAAAACUCCUCUCAUUCUUGUCAUUUUACUUUUUUUAUAUACUUACAGUGCAGUUAAUUAAGUGGAUAUGUGUUUAUCAAUGUAACUUACCUUCUCUGAAAUCAAGGUUCUUUUCAUGAGAGUCUGGCCUGCAGCAGGUCAUCUGCAGAUAUUCCAGUGAAGUUUGAAAUGGCUAUAAGGUGUGGAAAACAGCAUUGUUGGAAAGUGUCCCCUUCUGUUCUAAAGGAGGUAUUUUGGAAACCGAAAAACUUAAUUUCAAAGCACAUCUUUUUGUGUGUGUGUACAUGCCACAGAAAGGACGAUUUAUUUUGAAUAGUGAUAUUUAAAAGGACUUUAUAUUUGUAACAUCAGUGUCAACCAGUUUUUUUGUUUAAAUCAGUACUUUAUACGUAAUAGGCAAGAAGAAUUUACCAACUGAAAUGAAUUUUAAAUGAAUGCAUACUUUUUUUUCCAAAUGCUAACUUUAAUGUAAAUAAACAGUAGACUCUACCUUUAUCCCCUUACUGUGUGACCUUUAGCAAAUUAAUCUCUCUUUGUAUCUUAAUUUCUUUAUCGGUAAAAUGGCAUUGAUAAUAAUAAAACCUACGGUUGUCAUGAAUAGGUGAGAUCAUGCAUAUACAGCUUUUGAAACUGGCCCAAGGGCAGUGCUCAGUAAAUGUUAGCUAUUAUUCCAGUAUAAAACCAAGUCUGUCUUUGAAAGUGUUUAGACGUUACAAAUAGUCCCUCUCUCUUGACAGCCUCACUUUUUUACAGUGUCCCAGUUAUGUUAGGCAGCAUAUGUAUUUCUAUAGUUGCAAAUUAAUCAUUGAAAAGAUGCAGCUACAGUCAAGGAGCAGAUGUUUAGGUCAAGAAUUGUUUUGGUUGCAAGAAUCAAAUCUACCUAAAAUAGCUUGUAAAUAGGAACUUGUUGAAUCAAAAAAUCUGGAAUUUAAUUAUAAGAAGUAUAGCUGGACAUUGUGGUACCUAGGAGGUCACCAACAGUUCAUCUCUCUCUGUCUCUAGCUGCCUCUGACUGUUUCUAUGUCUAGUUCUCUGUGCCCUACCUUCCUUCUUUUCUGCUCUCCCUCUUCCUCUCUUUCCCUCUGUCUCUCUUCUUCGUUCUUUUUCUCUUACCCCUAAUCAUCUAUGUGACUGCCUUAUUCUCUGUGAACUGAUUUCUCUGAAGGCCUCUUCAUUACUACUUGAUAGUAACUUCAUUACUCCAUACAGGGUGACAUGUUAGCCCUGUCUCCAUAGCCUUGGCAUUCAUGCCUUUGAGUUGACAUGGUGCAAACUCGAACCCAACUCUGCAGAACCUCACAACUCCUCUUAGAUCUCACUCAGUGUGAUCAGGGGUCUCUAUCAGUUGUGGCCAGGAUGAUGGGGCAGGACCUCACAGAAAUACACAGUAUGCACACAACCUUGCACAACCAUUUGUGGAAGCUUUGAGAAUGGGGGCACCUGGUAAAAAAUAGGGGCUUUGAAAUCAUUCCCAAGAAGUAGCUGUGGACUAGGUUGAUUCUACUAACAUUUUAACCACUAUAUUUCUUCUCUGUGGAGCAACUCAUCCUUCAAGAUCGUCUUGCCCAGCGUAAUCCAGUAUAUGUAAUGCUCAGUCUCCAUUACAGUCUGGUCAUUGUAAUCAUCCUGCCAGAAUGACCUCCUCUGGGUUUACUGGCACAUUUACUACCAUCAUGCCAGUAACAACAGGAAAAAAGUCAAUAAAAGUAAAAAUGAGGUUAACUUAGAGGUAGAGAAGAAACCUAGAAAACAGGAUCACAUACUGGUCACUAGUCUGCCCCGAAAUAAAUGUCUUGAGUCUGUUUCUUGACCUUCUUGACAGUAGAAUAAGUUCCCAAAUCAUGCCUAACAGUCCUAGGAUCUGUCCACUAGAAGGAUUUCCUUUUACCAUUGUCCCCUUCAGGCCUCCUCUCUCCACUUCAGUAAGUGUUGUCCGGUGCCAGCAUCCUUUCUACUUGAGUUCAAGCCUCCAAAAAAGACCAGGACUAAACACCAUGUUGAUUUGAGUUGGCAUAGGUGCUUAUUCAAGACUAAGGUUCUGAUGAUAACUACCCCAGAAUUUUAGAGAGUUUUCAAUCACCAUCUUUCUUGAGUACAUCCUUGACUGAAAGUCAAUGCUAGGAAUUUCUGUGUGGGUAAGUUUGCUUCUUUAAUUACCAGGCUACCUAAUGACCAUUUCCUCAGGAUUUUUGUUUGGCUCCUCUUAGACCCAUUGUUCUUAAUGGCCCGGUCCUCAAGAGAAUAAAGGAGGAAAAGUGGAAAAGGUUUUGCAAAACAGGAAGCACUUCCACCUCAGUCUACCCCUAAAAAUCCCUCCCCUCCAGUCUAAGGAAGUGAUUUACUAAGGGUUGGGAGCUAGCAGGGGUGAUAGUAAUCAAUAUGUUUAUCCUGAGGAAAAGGGCUGGGUUUCCAGCUACUACUGGAUAGCCUUUCAAUUGCUAGGCUCCUGAGCCCUGAGCUUUUCCAAAUUCAUGAAUGGUAUCUGGACAUCAUCUUCAACAAUCUCAUUAGAAAAGUCUUACCUUUAUGAAACAGAUAAGUAAUUUCUGCUUUUCCCUAUCUGCUUUUAGCCAACCGGGUAUAGAAAACUUUUUGCCACUGCAUUUUAAUCAUGUCCAUAGGGAAUUAAUCCUACAUUUUGACAUGUGACAACUUUUAAAUCUAAGCUUGUCCUUUAGUGACAUGUGGUUUGGGUCCCAAGAAAUUUUAGACAAUUGUUUAGCUAUUUUGCCAACUCUUACCUCCAUACUACCCAGUUUUCCAUGGAAUAAGGAAUCCUUUCUGUCACUCCUGCCUUUAUCCCUCUGCCUUGACUCCACAGCUAGUUCUUCAUUUUCACUCAGAGUCUGUGACUUGCAACCCCAUUGCUGGCACUAAUUUCUGUUUUAGGGAUUUGUUGCUUUCAAGAAACAGAAACCCAACUCUAACUUACAUAAAGGUUGUUAUAAAGAAUAUAAUUCAGGGGUGCCUGAUGGCUCAGUUGGUUAAGCACCUGACUCUUGAUUUCUGCUCAGGUCAUGAUCUCAUAGUUCAUGAGUUUGAGCUCCUUUAUAGGGCUCCACAUGGAGCCUUCCUGGGAUUCUCUCUCUGCCCCCUACCCCCCCCCAAAUAAAUAAAAUUUUCAAAAAAGAAAAUAAAAGAAUGUAAUUCAGGGCACCUGGGUGGCUCAGUCGGUUGAGCGUCCGACUUCGGGCUCAGGUCAUGAUCUCACAGUUUAUGAGUUCGAGCCCCACGUCAGGCUCUGUGCUGACAGCUCAGGGCCUGGAGCCUGCUUUGGAUUCUGUGUCUCCCUCUCUCUCUGCCCCUAACCCACUAGCAUUCUGUCUCUGUCUCUCUCAAAAAUAAAUAAACAUUAAAAAAAAUAAUGUAAUUCAAAUUGCAGGAAGUUCAGCCAGGUUUUGUCACUCUGUCACACUGAGCCAUGUCAUCUGGAUUCUGAAUAUACGCCUCAUUCUGCUCAUAGCUUGACUUCUCUGAAAAUGUCUUCUUUUCUCCUUCUUUGCAAUUUAGUUUUGUGUAAGACUUUGGGGUCUGUGUGCUGCUAGCUCUCACCUAUCUCUUUGGCUCCAGUGUCCCGUGUUUAUUACAAUUCAAAAUAUGAAAAAGGAAUAAUUUGUAUUCAAAACUGUCUACCCCUGGACCAAUUAUCUGUGGCCUGAGAGGAUAUUCAAGAACAAAAAAAGCCACAUGACCUAGCCCUUUGGGGGAAUAAGUGGCACUUCCACCAAAGAAAGCAUGGGCCAAAACUCUGCCCCUGUGAUCUAGAUUGAUGGAACAGUUGGCCUUUACAAAGUUUUUAGUUCUCUAAGAAAUACUUUUCUCCCCCAUGAGUUUAUCUGAAAAUGUUUUAUGAUCUUUUAACCCUAGAGAUAUCACAUGAGUCCAUUAAACAAAAUUUUAGCUUUGGGUUUCUUUUUUGAGCAGUGCUAACUUUAUAAAGAUUGAUAUUUCAUGACUUUUAGUCUCUUAAUAUUCUCCAAGGGAUAAAAAGAAAAUUUACUUUUUCAAAAUAGAAUAAAACUCAUAUUUUUCAGUUCCCAUAGAGGUCCACUGGACCCUUCUAUAACUCUAAGAUACAUUAUGGGAUCUCUGAUUUAAUUUUUCCUACAUCUUUUGAAAUAUUUUAUUUCAUCAUCCCAGCAACUAUUUAAUUAUUACUAAUCAACUAUUUGCAACUGUGCUUUAAAAGACUAAAAUAGUAAGGAAAUGGAAUGAUGAUGGAAACACCUAGAAGAAUGUAAUAGUAUAUGUAACAAUAAAAUAAGUGAGGAUCCUUCUGUUUUCACAUAACAUUGCCCAAAGUAUUGCAUUAUCUUUUAAGAAGAUAUAAGGGUCUAGAGAGACACCAUCUUUAGAGUUUUUUUUUUUAAGGCUUUCAAUGAUGAUUACAGUUAAUAGUUUAGAUUUCUUUGUUUUUACUAUAAUGGCAAGUAGAAGGAAAUUAACAGAAUUUCCACAAUUAUUAAAGUAAUCAGAAGAUAAAUGCAAAGAGACAGAGGGCAGUGCUCUGGAUCCUAAUGAUGUUGAUGAAAUUGACCACAUAAGCAAAAUCUCAGAUCAUGAGUCUUCAGACUGUGUAUUUAAGGUCUGUUUUCUCAAACUCAAGAAUGAAUGAGUGAACCAUAUAUUUCUAAGCACAAUUAGAAUAUCAAGUAUUUUCAUCCACUUAUUCAAUAGUCA